AUGACUGAGGGAAGACAGGCCUUCCAGCCGGCCCCACGGCCACCUGGGACUAGACUACCCCAUCUCCCAGCUGGUGCGGCUUCCACCUGGGACAUCCUUCCCCCGGUGCCCCCGGACUCCGCCAGUCAUGGCUCUCCUGCCCUGGCACCUCCGCAGCCUGCUAAGCUGGGGGGCACUGGACAGAGGCACGGACUGGGGCGCCUGUCCCCUCUCAAACCCCGGGACGGGAGUCUAAGCAUCGGCCUCCCCUGCUGUAUUCGCGCACUGCUGAGUGACCACCAAGGGGACAGGGUGGCUGGUCCUGACAGAGGCCUCCUGAGGAAGGACGUGCAGAUAAAGUGUCGCUUCUCAGGGCUCCCCGGUGGCUCAGCGGGCCCACUGGCAGGUGUUUUGGAAGAGACCAAGAGGAUCAGCCUGCAGUGUCCUGGCCCCUGGGAGACAGGCCGGGGCCCUGGGGGCAGAGCUGAGUGCUGCGUGGCGCAGGGCAGCCUGGCUCUGCUGGGCAUGGCCUGGGCCCCGAGUGCGCCCCCCAGCCAGGAGUACUUGUGGCCCCAGAGGGAGGGAGGAUGUGGGUUGGGUCGUGUGCACAUUGGAGAAGGACGUGUGCGGCGCACCUCCGGGGGGUUGGCCUGCCUGCAACACCCGAGUGCAUGGCUGCAGGCUGGAUCUGUGAGUGUGCCCUGGUGUGUGAGCCGCUGGGGGGGUUCAGAAGAGCCUGCCCCCCACGUGUGUGGGUGUCCACAGGGGGCCGCCCCACCGCUUCCCCCUUACCAGGUCACCGCCGCCAUCCUCGGCAGGGCCCCCAGCCCAGGAAGCUUCUACUGUGAUGGAAAUAGACUCUCUACCAUCAGAACUCCAUUCAGAAAGGUGAAAUACAGCAUCUGGCUUCAGGAAACCUACCGUCCCAAGGGGGCCUCUGCCUCGCGCGAUGCAUCAGUAUCUCCUUCAGUCCACCUGCGUGCAGGGAGCCUGCCACAUGGCUGGGUGCAGGGGACCGGACUCUCGAAGCUGGGGAAAGAGCCGCAGGACCUAAGAGCGCCCCCUGGAGGCGGGACGAGGCUCUGGUCACGGCCCUCGCUGCCCCGCCCCCAGGCCCCGCCCACUGUGUCCUCGGAAGUGGGGAAGCUCGGCCAGCAGCCCCGGGACAGGUGGCUCCUCGCCCGGGGAAAGUGCCGGCGCCUCCCAGGGCAGGAGUCCCUUCUCCGCAGCCUCUGCCGUCCCCUGCGUCCCCACCCGGGCUUCCGGGAGUCUGACUCAGAGCCGAGCCCGCAUCGCUUCACCUCCUCCAACACACCCGCAGCGCACGGAGAAAUUACAGUAUUUCAGGGGCACUGCUAA